CCGAAGAGGAACAAACGAUUAAGAUCUCGAUGGAUUUAAACUUGACAUUACAAUCACCAAAAAAAUUGUUUGUGUAGAUUUUAUCCUUUGACACAUCAUAAGGCGUGUCUUUCCAGCGAAUCGAAAAUCUCCUAGUCAAUGUGAUAAAUAAUAUUUACAUAUACAUGUAUGUUUUAAGCACAAUUUUCCUAUCAGUUUGAAAAGCUAAAUUAGCUACUACAAUCAGUGCGGACAUCGAAGCGACGAUUCCUGUCACCAAGAGCAAUUUAGAAGACAUGGCGAUAAGGAAGAGAGCCUCGUCCUUUUGUUAUUGAACGCAUUUAAUUGCCUCCUUUGUGUCGACAGGGCAUUGUCUUUUCAAGUCCUUCAUCUGGAUGAAAUGAAUCUCUUUCGGAAUCGUCUUGUUGUCUUGGGCCUGGUUUUGUUGGCCACGCUGCUGCUGUACCUGUUGUUGCCAUCCAUUCGUCAGGGCAGCAUGGAGCCAUCAUUUGAGGCUCAAAGAAUGGGGUUGUUGGCCACAGCUCCUCCUGUGCAUUCAUCCAUCAACGUGUCCAUUCGCACAGGACAGCUACCUGGAGACCCCCCAUUAUUUUUUCGAGAAGCUAUCCCUAUAGAUGGAGCUGGGCGACAGAUAUUACCAAGACUGCAGGUGGUCCUUCUGCAUGGCCAGGCCUUCACUUCCAAAACCUGGGAAGAACUAGGUACCAUGGCUCUGCUGGCAACUAAUGGAUAUCAGGCCUUAGCAAUGGAUCUGCCAGGGUAUGGAAAAUCACCAGACUCAGAUGCUCUGAAGACUGACCAGAAUCGGGUGGACCUCCUUUCAAGGUUCAUGGAGUCUUUGGGUGUGAGAGCAGCUGUGCUUUUGAGCCCCUCAAUGAGCGGACAUUACUCCAUCCCCUUUCUCAUGAAGAACAGCGCUCAGCUGCGUGGGUUUAUUCCUGUAGCACCAGUUGGAACCCGGAGUUACUCCCCGCAGCAAUACCAAAAUGUUCAGACUCCCACUCUGAUUGUGUUUGGAGCCCUGGACUCAAAUCUAGGUGCCCAGUCCCACAAGAACCUCCUCCAACUUCCCAAUCACUACGUGCUGAAGCUGGAAGGAGCUCGCCAUGCUUGCUACAUGGACAAACCCCGUGAAUUUCACCAGGGAUUGAUCGAGUUCCUCAGCAAACUGAAGUAAGUUGUGUAGCAGAGGAAGAGGAGGUAGACAGACAUUUGUCCUCUAAUCAGCAGUUUGACAUGAUGCCAAAUUGACUGGAAGGUUCUAAGAGCAGUGUUAUUCUCAUGUUAUCUUCACUUGAAGUUCAUGAAUAUGGCAGUAGGUUUGGAGGAUAAUAUGUAAUGCUGCAGUUAUCCAGACGUUGCCGUUGUUAAUGUUUUGGGUUUAAAGUUUCAUAGUUUUAUUUGAAAAUGUUAGACGAGGUGAGUCAAGCUUAAAAGAAAAAGUUUGCUUAAUUUGUGUCAUGCUCCACAUUGCAUGUGAAAACAUGGAAUGUGUUUGCGUCACCAUUAUAAUUUUGUAGGUGAUAUGUAGGGAGAUGUAAAUAUGCAAAUGUCACUGAUGCUUGUGUUUAAAAACUAUUGAAUUCACUUCUAAAAACAACAUGAACAUUAAAACCUUGUUGUUAACCUGCCUCCAACUAACAAGCUGUGUUCUAUUAAAGUGAGCUGAACUAAGAUGUAUUGCAUUUAAAUAUGUAUAAACAAGUGUGGACUAGAUAAAAAUGAUUAAAAACUGUAUUUAUAUAAUGUUGAAAAAGUCAUGUACAUUAUCUGCAAGAAGUUUGGACAAUCAUCAAAAAAAAAAGUUAAAAAAAAAACACAAACAAGAGAAGUUAUGGGGACUUCUUAGAUUAAAAAUAAAAAAAGUGUGCUUGAGUUGACCAAGUGCUUUUGGCAACUGAUUGAAUGUAUAUGUAUGAUAUGUUCUUCAGAUGUUUAUUAUAAAGCUUUAUUAAUCUUAAGUUGAAAACUUUGAAAACACUAACAUUUUCUGACAUGAUUGCAUGUAGUUGGUGUGUGUUUAGGUUUUUCUUUUCCGUAACAAACAUAUGAAUAAAGCUAGAACUGAGUUGUUCUUGGAACAAAUUAAUUUAAGCAAGCACUAUUGUUAAGUGCCCUAUGGAGCAAGCUGUACUUACUUGAGCCUUUAUUUUUUCCUGGUUAAUUCAUAAUCAUUUUUAAGGAAUACUGAUACCCAGAAUUACUGUUACAUUUGGUACUAAUGUGUUCACCUUUUUGGAUUGUUGAAAAAUAAAAUAAGUUGGUACAAGUAUUCUUUCACCACUGAUAUUUGCUAUUGUAAAGGUUAAAUUGCACUUUCAUUAUUUAUAAGUUUUUAUUUUUCUGUUUGUUGGUGUGAGGAAAAUUAAACAAAUGUCAAUACAUUAAAACAGCAAAUAAACCAUGA